UCUCUCACUCGUAAAUCUAGCUCUACCGAGUAUUCAAGUGUUUCUCAUCCUGAAUCAGCAACUUCAGGGUAUUGACAAUUACCAGCGGCACGACGAAUACACCACGUACCCCCUCCCCUGAGAAAUUUGUAGAGAAUAACUCAGGGGGAGCAGUAGCGCACUCUAAAAACAGUGAAGCUGAGAAGGUACGAAAAAGAUAGUGAAACGAGGUGCCGAGGAAACAGUGGGUAAGAAGUUUAAUAUCCCAAUGGUGUCCAUGUCGGUGUCGUGUUCAAAAAGGACCACGUUGUCCCAGUGUAAUUGUAUCAUUUGGUCAUAAAUUUCCGGACAUUUAAUGAUCAAGUUGUACGAAUAUUUUUAAUGUGAACAAUAAAAGUUUUAUCAGUGAUUGUGCUUAUGUAUAAUGUCGGAAUUAAAACGUGUCGCACCACAGACCCUCGAGUUAUCUAGUACCCUGAGCAAUGCAACUAAAAAGGAGAAGGGUGAGAAGGGCAAACGUCUCGCGCCCUCAUUUCGUUUUGAGCUGUUACUCGAUGAUAAAAAUGAAGGUGGAUAUUCGGAAUUCACUUAUGCACAUUUACUUAAGGCUGCUGAGAAGAAGAGGAAUAAAGAGGCCAAAAGUGCGGAGGAGAACCCUGCAAAUGGGCUAGCACCGUUCGACGAAGAUGAUGAUGAUGAGAAACUACGAGAAAUUGCCAGACGAUUUGAAACUAAAUACGGAGGCAAUACAGUUGGGAAAAAUCGCAAGAAGUACGACGAUGAUGUAGACCUAGGAGCAGGAUACGACGAAAAUGACUCAUUUAUCGAUAAUACUGACGCGUACGAUGAGGUCGUUCCAGCGGACGUCACCACAGCCUAUGGAGGAUUCUACAUCAACAGCGGACCCCUCGAAUUCAGUGUUAAAGCAGCCGAACGUGAUUCCCUCAUGCAUCGCAACAAUAAUAACAACAACGAGAAUGAUACUAGUGAAAGUAGUGAGGACGAGGUUGAAAACAGUAAUAGUUCAGUGUCGAAAAGAAGGGGCACCCGUAGUCUCAGUUCAUCGGAUGAGGAUGAUACAGAGGAGAAUGCCAGCGAACCUCCCUCGAAGAAAUCUAAAAUGGACGAGAACGGCGAAAAGAAGUCCAACCACGAGGGUGUUCCCAAGAAGAGAAAAAAGCUCAUUUCAGAUCAAGAAGGAGAGUACAAUAGAUUAAAAAAUCCAGUCGAGGAUAAACGUGAGAUGAUGGAGAUCGAUCGAGUGCCAAACGAUAAUCAAGAAGACCGAAAAAAAUCAAAGGGUGAUGUAUCGAAAAAGGACAAGAAAUUCGAUCUGAAAAAAUUCGAAAAAAAAUCAACGACCAAUGGUCUUGACGAGAAGAAACCCCUGGACGUGAAGAAACCCGAUGGAAAAGCAGCGAACAUCGAUGACGCCAUUGAGAGUGUCGUUAAUGAUGGAAAAAUUGAUGACGAAUCAAGUCGUGACACAUUGGAUUCUAACAAGUCACGUUGUGGAGCAGCUGGUACAUCUUCGGAUGGCGAGGACAACGAUAAAACUGAGCUGCCUCUUCUGGAUCAACUACCAGAGGAGGUCAAGGAGAUUAUUAGUAAAUUGAAGAAGCAUGUGCUCAGCAACAAAGAGGGUAAAACGAAGAUCUUUGAUACCAAUGUCAAUUCCAUCUUACUUCGACUUGAAAAGAAAUUGAAGGGGUUGGAUUCUUCGUCAGCUCGAUCCCAGGUCUACAGUCAUAUAUCAGAUUUUAUGGGAGUGGGUAAAGUGACGAUAAUCAAUCGUGCCAAGAAACUGUGCGUUCAGGAUGCUGAAAAUCGUGUUAAUGGACCCAUUGAGAGGUUAAAAGAGAUAAUCAAGGAGACCAUACCGAUGGUUGAGGAAAAGUAUAAUAUGGAAUCCCAGAGGAUGGCCGAGGAGAACCCUCAUAUAUUCUGGAAUAUUUAUCGGUACUGUGGAAGGUUUCCAGCUUCGGUAUCAGAUGCUGACAGUAGCGACGGAGAUGAGAAAUCCUUGGACAAAUCAAAAUGUCCGACUAAACGAUACCCUUGGUCUUCAGAAGCGAGAAAAUUGGUGUAUGAAAUUGCGACUAUAUGGCGACACUAUUAUGCUAUUCGAAAACCGAGGAAAGAGAGUGUAGAGACAUUUGUAUCCUCUUUCCUGGAGACCAAGGUCUUGCCUCUGUGGCCAGCUGGGUGGAUGAGAUUGAAUAUUUUAUUGAAAUAUUCAAAGCCUGAGGCAUCCGCCAAGAGAAAACCGAAAAAACAACGGGACUCAACCGUCCCAAAUAAUCAGUCAUCCCCAGCAAUAUCAAACUGCCCUGUAUCAUCGGAAAUGACAAAUGCAAAUACAACCGUGACACCCACAAUCCAAGAGCGAGCCAAGACUCCACCGUCUUUUACCGAUACUUUUUCAGCAACUAAUAAUACAUUUGGUCUGCCAACGCAUUCCUCAAAGCCCUCAGAGCUCAUAAUUGAGAAGAAACCGGCGACAAAGUACAAGGAAAAGCACAAAGAAACGUCAAAAUCUAGUCAAUUGGAUAAUCCAAGCGCCCUCCAGCCCCUGGCGAAGAUAUCAGUUGUCCCGACCUCGCAAUUGAUGGCACAAAAGCCGAAAAAUCAUCCAGACAAAUUCAAUCCCCUUGAUCUAACAAGUAGCUCACUGUCAAUAACUCCCGUAAACGACUACCUAAAGUCCGGUAAAUCCCACACAGAAAUGAAGAAAGAUGUUGUAUCGAUAACACCGUAUUCCGAGUCUCCAACAGCAAUCAGUGUGAUCACCGAGCCAUCUCAUUCAGUGAAAUCAGAUUCAAUGUCUUACUCAAUGUCAAAUCAAAAUUCUAGCUCGAAACCGGUGUCCCUGAAACAAAGGAUAUUGCAGGACAAUCCAGAUACGAAGAUAGAGAAGCGCUUUGACGAGCGUGAUUCUGAUCCUUACAAAAUCGAACACAAAGAGAAGAAACGAGACAGAUGGUCGGAGGAGAAGCACAAGUCUCACGAUUCCAAGAAACGCCGUAAAGAGCACAAGUCUAUGGAGCAGAAUCAAUCGUUAAUGCAUCCGAAGGCCGAUAUAUCGAGUGUUAUACAAUCGCCAAUGCUCUCGAAAGAGGAACAGGAACAGAGACAGAUCGAGGAGACGAUGGCUGCCACUCAUUAUCUCAGUCAGAUCAUCAACGACGAUUCAGCUCGUUCGACCAACGAUAAACGAAAAGAAACGGGGGUUAUGGGUGAGGAUGCUAUCAUUGGUAUUGUUCAAUCGAGCGAUGAACAGGAAAAAGACGUUCAAAUGGUAAUGCGAUCACUGAAGGAGCUCCAGGAAUUGCAAUUGCCUAAAACGAGCAGUCAGUAUGGUUAUACUGAUGAUUAUCAUCGAAUCUAUCCAAAGAAAGAUGAAAAACUUAGACUUUCCAAGGAGGAUCAAUGGUAGUUACAAUAAAGUGCAAGAGAUGCUUCCAUUUAUUUUAAUAGAAACGAGUCGUUCAUUGGGUGAAAGAGAAGCCUUGUUUCAGUUUGUCCGGGGUGUCCAUUAAUCAUGUGACGAUGCGAUUUUACGCAAUCUCCCGAGGAAUGUUGUCACAUGAGUUUGUUUAUGAGAAUAAAUUGACGAAGAGUGAUCACGGGAAGGGGCAAAGAGUCAUAGAGAUGGCCUUAGGGAUGUCUAAGGCUGAUUAUUUAUCUAAAAAACCUCUAGAAAAAAUAAACUGCCUUUGAAUUUUGGAAAUAAAACUAGAAGUGAAAUUUUCCAUAUUACGACAGCGUAAGUGAAAAUAAAUACAUGGGAUAUUGCCUCUCUCCUGGACGUUCACAUGCUUGAUGGACACCUCUUGUUGAUGUGACCGUGACUGAUUAUAUAAAAUUUAUAGCGAUCAGAUACUUUCCAAUUUAAGUUAUAGAGAAAUUGUCGCGUAUUUUCUCAAUCAAAUUGAAGAGAGUGUACAUAAGUGCAUUGACGAAUGUGUAAUGCGUAUCCCAUAUUUCAUGUACAGUACUUAUAAAUGAUGAAUUUAUAUAUUAUACAGGUGAAAAUCGACAUUUCUGUACGAUAUGUUUGUGUAUAACGCAGUGACAAGUGCUCGUAGAAAUUUCAAUUUGAUUUUUCUUUAGUCAAGCGAACAAAAAUCAUUUUUUUAAUAGCUCUGCAUCACGAAUUGUCCAUAUUAAUGAUUUUUAUCCAUGUUAACGAUUUCUCUUCUUCUCCUAGUUUUAGGAAAGAUUGAAGGUAGCUACUUGUUUUUGUAGGCAGCAUUACGUGUCUUUAGAGUAAAUUAUUACUGAAUAGAUAUAAUUUUCGUAUUAAUAUUUGAUGAAGAGAAUUUUAAUUUUUACAUGUAUGUAAAGUGAUAAGUCCCUCGGAAAUUUGUCUUUCCGAAUGAAGUUUAGAAGUUGAAAACCAUUAAUUGUACAAUUUAUAUAAAUAACAAUUCUUCUGAGCCUUUUUUUCACGUUGCGUUUGAUAAUAGAGGAAGAACAGAAAAUUGUAAUUACAGAAUUGGAUGGUAAACUUAAUGUAAAUUUUCAACGUCAAUGAUAUUCCAUUGAGGAUUUAAAAUAUAAGUUU